UUUUUUUUUUCAAUGAGACUUUUGAAUAGCUUGUUCAAGAAGCCUGCUCUCUUGGUCUUAGCCUGCCUUUCUGUCAACUUUGUUGCUGCCACUGUAGUUUCCACUAGUCCUCCCAGUUCGGAGGUCAAGGUUCAAUCUUACGAUUAUUCUGGUUCAACCUUUUCUGGUAAAAUCUAUAUCAAAAACAUUGCUUAUACAAAGACAGUUAGUGUUAUUUACUCCGAUGCCUCUGAUAACUGGAAUAACAACGGUAAUGUUGUUGCUGCUGCUUUCAGUGAAAGUAUUAGCGGUUCCAACUACGAGUACUGGACUUUCUCUGGUUCUGUCAGCGGUAUUAAGCAAUUUUACGUCAAGUAUGUUGUCAACGGUGUUACUUAUUAUGACAACAACGGCUCUGCCAACUAUCAAGUAAGCGGAUCUACUCCUACCACUAGUGCUCCCCCUACAAGCACCACCAUCCCCCCUACUUCUACCUCUACUUCUUUCCCAUCCGGUGACUCUGUUAUUACAGAUUGGAUUAAGAAUCAAGAAAGCGUCAGUCGAUUUGCUAUGCUCCGCAACAUUAAUCCUUCUGGAGCUGCUGCUGGAUUUAUUGCUGCCUCUUUAUCCACAGCCAACCCUGACUACUACUACUCUUGGACUCGUGAUUCUGCUUUAGUCUCUUAUGUAAUGGCUAAUGAUUACAACACCACUCUCACUGGUAAUACAACCAUUGUCAAGCUUCUUAAAGAUUAUGUCACCUACUCUAUUAAUGCUCAAAGUACAUCUACCGCAUGUAACUGUCUGGGUGAGCCCAAGUUUAAUCCCGAUGGUUCCAGUUAUACUGGCGCUUGGGGAAGACCUCAAAAUGAUGGUCCUGCUGAACGUGCCUCCUCAUUUAUCUUGAUUGCUGAUAGUUAUCUUAAGCAGACUGCCGAUGCUGCUUACGUUACUGGUACACUCAAGCCUGCUAUUUUCAAGGAUUUGGAUUAUGUUGUUAGUACCUGGUCUAACGGUUGUUUCGAUUUAUGGGAGGAAGUCAACGGUGUCCACUUUUAUACCUUAAUGGUCAUGCGUAAGGGUUUGAUUCGCGGUGCUAACUUUGCUUCUCGUAAUGGUGAUUCUACUCGUGCUUCAACCUACACAAACGCUGCCAAUGCCAUUAAGACCAAGAUUGACACAUUCUGGAACUCUUCUAACAACUAUGUUACCGUUAGUCAAAGUGUCACUGGUGGUGUUUCCAAAGCCGGUUUCGAUUCCGCUACUUUAAUUGCUGCUAACAGUGGUAGUGUCCAAGAUGGUUUCUACACUCCUGGUUCUGAUAAAAUUCUUGCCACUGCCGUUGCUGUUGAAAGCAAGUUUGCUUCCUUGUAUACCGUUAACACCAAUGGUGGUGGACGCGGUACUGCUAUCGGUCGUUACCCCGAAGAUACUUACAAUGGUAAUGGAAACGGACAAGGUAACCCUUGGUACUUGGCCACUAGUGCUUAUGCCGAGCUUUACUACCGUGCUAUCAAAGAAUGGACCCUUGCUGGAAGUGUCAAAGUUACUUCAAUCAGUUUGAGCUUCUUCAAGAAAUUCGAUAGUGCCGCCGCUGUAGGUACUGUUUAUACUGUCGACACUCCCGCUUUCAGAACCAUGACCCAAAAUGUUGCCCUUGCUGCUGAUAACUUUUUAGCUACUGUUAAGUACUAUGCUCUUACAAACGGUUCUAUGCCUGAACAAUAUAACCGCAACAAUGGUUCUCCCACUGGUGCUAGAGAUUUGACUUGGUCUCAUGCUGCUCUUAUCUCUGCUGCUCGUGCAAAGGCCGGUGUUCCUGCCGCUUAAUCAUUUUUUUGAUAAAGCGCAAAAAAAAAAAAAAAACUUCUUAUCCAUAUCUCUCUUCCAAUUCAUAUUAAUAAAAACAUAACUGC